AUGUUUAAAUUCACCACUAUUGCCCAUAUAAAUAAUGAUACGACACGCCCGCUAGUUGCAUUAACCACUCGACAAGGUAAUAGAUACUUGUUUGGUAAAAUCCCCGAGGGAACACAACGUGUAAUCAAUUCAGUUGGAUCCGAAGUACGAUUUCCCAAGUUACAAAGUAUAUUUCUUACCGGUGCAAUUUUUACAUGGAGUGAUAUUGGUGGACUACCGGGUCUUUUUCUAACUAUUAGUGAUGCCACUAAGAAGGGGAUUAAAGUUGUUGGUGAUUGUAAUUUGUUGUCGUAUAUUGUUGCUACUUGGAGACAAUUUGUGUUUCGAUUAGGUAUAGAUUUGGAAAUUGACAAUGUUGAUCAAAAUCCCGUGGUUUCCAAUGACGAGAUUGUUGUCAGAUCGCUUAAAAUAGCACCAAAGAGUUUGAUAACGACAAAGGGGCCAGCAGUAUCCACAUCGGAGAAAGUGCUAACACAAAUACGAAAAUUGGCAUCACUUAUGUUUCCAUUGAAUACCAGUGAAGUAAACAGUCGAAACCCAGAAUCAUACAAGUCAGACCCUUCGCUGAAGGAUAUCCACACUCACGUUCAACUACCUCCAGCUUCCAAGCUCAUAACUCAACAAGAUUCAAUAUCUUACUGUAUUGAGUUUGUUCCAAUUCCUGGGAAAUUUGAUGCCAAAAAGGCAAAAGAUUUGGGAUUAAAACCAGGUCCUGUUUUCAAGGAAUUGGUAGCUGGUAAUUCGGUGGUUAAUGAUGCUGGCGAGACUAUCUUGCCCAGUCAAGUAGUUGGACCUGAUCGGAUCAUGCCUAAAGUUUUGAUUAUUGAUAUACCUAGUCAGGACUAUUAUGAGCCCACAUUAACUAAUGACCAAUGGAAGAGUAUCGAUAAUGUUGGUCUUGUUUAUCAUUUCAUUGGCGAUGAUGUGAAUUUAAAACUACAAGAUUAUCAGUCUUUCAUUGAUAAGUUCCCAUCAAAUACAAAACAUCUAAUUAGUCAUAAAUCGUUAACCAAUAACAUAAUCAUUAAUGAGAAGUUUGCCAUGGGCCACUUGAAAUUGAUGCUGGUUAUGCCUGAUAAUUUCCAAUUAAUGAACCUGGAACCAUUCAAGCCAUUGACUGAGAAUAAAAAAGUAAAUCGUUUACAUGCGCUACAAUGUAUGGGUAUUGAUGAUUCGGGUGUUUACUGUGAUAACAGCAACAUUCUACGCAGUACAAACGAAUCAUUGUAUAAAGAGGUGACUCAACUGGAUGAAUCAGUACCACUAUUUGAUUCAUUAAAAACUAGAUUCAACUUGUUAGAAAAAGGAGCCAACUUGAAAGAUUUGGUGCAUAUAAGUACUCCAGGUACUGGUUCUGCCCUACCUAGUAUUUCACGAAAUGUCCUUUCUAAUCUCAUACGAAUUCCUUAUCAACAUGAAGAUGGUACCAUUACUUAUCGAUCAAUCAUAAUGGAUGCAGGUGAAAAUACCAUUGGGAGCAUGUUGCGAAAUUUCGGUCAUGAAGAUAAAUUCGAUUUGAGGCAAAUUUUUAGCGAGUUGAGUUUGAUUCAUUUAUCUCAUUUACAUGCUGAUCAUCAUCUUGGUAUGAUUUCAAUAAUCAAUAAAUGGUUUGAAUUGAAUAGCAACUGCGACAAGACAUUGCAUUUGGUCGUCCCUUGGCAGUUUAUCACUUUUGUUCAUGAUUGGUACAAUCUUGAAACUCAAUAUAACCAUGCCGUCGAUUUGUCUCGUUUAAAAAUGUUUAGUUGUGAGGAUUUUCUUAGGGAAGGGAGAUUACCGGAAUACCAGAAACUCACAAUUGAUGAAUUCGAACAAGCUUAUGAUUGUGGCGAUAUUCAUUGCAGUAUCAAUAAAGCACCACUACAACCAAUCAACACUACUGUCAUUGAAGAAAUGUAUGAUGCCGUUGGUCUUGAGUCAAUUUCAACCGUACGUGCAUUACAUUGUGCCUGGGCAUAUUCAUCAACUUUCAAAUUCAAUCUCAAUGCUAAUCACACACAGCAUUUCACAAUUUCAUUUUCGGGUGAUACGAGACCAAAUCCCAAAUUUUGUUCCAUUGGCAAUAAGUCCGAUCUAUUAAUCCAUGAAGCAUCAUUAGAUUCAUUUUGGAUCGAUGAAGCAAUUGCUAAAAAGCAUACUGCCAUGAUUGAAGCUGUUGGUGUUUGUCAAUUGAUGCAGUGUCCAAAAUUACUCUUAACUCAUUUCAGUUCAAGAUAUGGCAUGAGUAAUAAUUGUAUACCGAAAUUAGACUUGAGUAAAGAAGCAAAGGAUUUGGAAGAACAAUUGAUUGAGAAACGAGUGUUUAAUAUCUUUCGAAAUGUUGAUGUGGAUGAAUUGGAGAGGUUGCAAAUUGUUUUCGCUUAUGAUUUGAUGAAUGUUAGGUAUGGGGAUUUUGAUAAACAAGAAGAGAAAUGGCCGAUAUUGCAAAAUUUAUUUGAAGUUAAUUCCAAAAAGAGGAAAUUAGCCACUGACGAAGAAGAAAAGGGUGAAAAGGUUGAAAAGAUUACUGGAAUAUAG